AUGCCUCCUAUCCGCGAAUUGUCAGCGUCGCCGAGUGAAGAAGCAGCAGAUGUUCCAAUUCGACCACGAUUACCCAGUCCUCUUAUUCUUCCUCCUGAUCCAUCACAAGCUUCGCGACCGUCCAUCUUCCAGACACGAUUUGCAGAAGGUCGCUCCCCUUCAGAAAAUAUUCUCGUCUCUGCAACUUCUCGCAGGAGCCGCAUUAGAAAUCGAGCAGCGGACACUUCCGUAACAUCAUCUACAUCCCGCGCCUCUGCCGCUUCUAGUAAUCUCCUCAAUCUUUUAAACGAGCGGAAUAUUACCCCAACGAUGCGAAAUGCAAACCGAGGAGCUCAUCCAUCACUCAGCCGUGCAGCUCGAGAGGCCUCGCCUCCAGUGCAAAGUCAGGAAGAAGACACGCAAGCAAAUGAUAAUGAAUUACGAGCAUUACUCGGUCUUCCCACUGUGAACCCACCAUCCCCUCCUGACGCGGAAUCCUCCGAGGCCGCGGCUGGACCGAGUGACAUGAACGGCCAAUCCUCCGGAGAAGGCGCGAUGGGUUCAUCUUCACCCAAGGAAGAACAGUCUAUUCAGGAAUAUGCAUGCCCGAUUUGCUUCUGCCCCCCAACCAGGGCUUGCAUCACGCUCUGUGGACACGUUAUGUGCGCAGCAUGUCUCUUCUCGGCUGUCAAAGCCGCCAAAGAGUCUAUUAUACGUGCUCAUGCGACCGUCACAGCGGAAGCACGCAAAGCCAAAUGUCCGGUCUGCCGCGCCGAGUUGAAGGGGUGGGAUGGGCAGGGCGGUGGAGUGGUCGGACUUCUCAUUGCACUCAAGAAAGAGACAAAGUUGGAAAACUAG